AGCCCCGAGGUCCUCCUUGCCCAGGAAGCUGUGCGGUGACCCGGCCCGGGAGCCCCCACUGCCCAGGCUCCUGCCAGGACCAUGAGACCAGGCUCUCGUGGGGCCCCCGAGGGGUGAGGAUGGCCACCCAGCGCCCUCCCCAGGGCCUCCCCCGGACCACUGCAUCCUAGCGCCCGGACGGCGGGGCCAUGCCCGGGGAGCAGCCCCGAGGAGCACCGCCCCCAGCCAUGACGAGAGACCUGCUGCCCUGCCAAGUCGCCAGCGGCCUGGGGCGCCCCUUCAGGCCCCCCCACGAGGACCACGCCCUGGCCAGCAGGACCAGCCAGGGCACAAGGGCUCAGGCUGGGGAGCCGCCCGAGGGGCUACAGCCGAAGGGCCCGCCCCACAGACUCCAGGCCCUGGGCAGCCCCCUUGGGAAGGGGGGCAGCCCUCGAGACCCAGCAGGGAGGGGCCACUGCCAGGCUCCCGCGCUGCCAGCAGGCAGGGCAGACAGCAGCCCCCCGCGGCCCUGCAGCCUGGAUGAGACCCCCGAGGGCCCCAGGCCUGGCCCUGAGGAGCUGAGCUUCCAGGGGUGCUUCCAGGAGCGCGCCCUGGCCUUUACCUCCAGCAACUUUACCUCAGCGGACGCCGCCCCGGGGCCCCCGCCCCUGCGGGCCCCCCAGAGCCGCAGCGCCAGCCCCCGCCUGCCAGCCUCCUACCCCGACUUCCAGGUCAGUGGGACCCACCCCUGGCCUCCGGCUGCUGACAACAGCUUCCCAGGUGCUAAUUUCAGGGUCCGCGCUGCUGAGCGGGAGCCCUUUCCGGAAGGCAGCGGGCCCCGCAGCCCCGGGCUGGUCCCCUUCCCGUACCCCUUCCCCGAGGACACAGCCAGGCACGAGUACAGCGACAGGGCUCCCCUGUUCCCCUUCCACCAGCCGCCUGGGGUGUGGCCACAGGAGGCCGUGGGCACGGGCCCCGCCUACCCACCGCCCAGCCAGCCUGCUCCACUGCCCCAGCCCUGCUACCCUGGCCAGCCUGGGAGCCUUGAUGCCCCCAGUGACCUCUGUGGGGUCCUCUCCCCAUCUGGUGCUGCUCACUUGACCCCAAGCCCCUUCCCCGACAGUUUGCACAAGAGCCUGACCAAAGUGCUUCCCGAAAGACCCCCUUCAGCCCAUGAUGCACUGGGGAGCCCCGGGAGGCCCCCAGACCCUCCACCCCAGGGGCACUUCCCAGGGCAGGCAUACAGGGCCAGCAGGGUGGGCAGUAGCCCAGGUCCCCUGGACAGUGAGCUGGCCACCCCAGGACCCCCGGCUGCCAGACUGCCCCAACUGUGGGAACCCGCCACAGCCCCAUACCCCACGCCCGCCCUGCCACCCCCAGCCACAGCCAGAAGUACCUUCUACGAAGGCCAGCCCAGCCCAGGCCAGGGGCUCUGCCUUCCUCAGAGCCCCCCCAUGCCCUGGCCCCAGGUGCUCCCAACCACCAGGCCCAGCCCCCACCAGAGGGACGUGCUGAGCCGGCCACCGUUCCCAGGGACAGGGCCCGAGUGGCAGGGGGGCAGCCAGGGCGCGCCGGGUGCUGCUAGCAAAACGCCUGGGCCCGGGGAGAAGCCGGCAGGCGGCCCCCCGGGGCUGUUUGCCUACAACGGGCUGAAGGACCCCGUGGCCCAGCCCUUGUUCUUCGGGGGGGCUCAGCCCCAGGUCUCCCCCUGUGGGACCCCCAGCCUGCCCCCGCCCAGGGUGGUAGGAGCCUCUCCCACCGAGUCCCCGCUGCCCUCGCCGGCCACCCACACAGCCGGCAGCAGCACCUGCUCCUCCCUGUCGCCGCCGUCCAGCAGCCCAGCCAACCCCAGCUCAGAGGAGGGCCAGCUCCCCGGGGCUCUGGGGCCCUCGGCCUUCUUCCACCCCCAUUCCCACCCCCAGGAAGCCGGCAGCCCCUUCCUGUCGCCAGAGCCCUCCCAGCCCCUCCCCACCCACUACCAGCCUGAGCCAGCCAAGGCCUUCGCCUUCCCUGCAGACAGGCUGGGAGCCGAAGGCCCCUUUGAGUGCCUGGGGGAGGCCCCCUUCCCCCAGGAGCCGCCCCCAUACCCCGCCCACCACUUCCCCCUCAGCAGCGCCAGCCUGGACCAGCUGGACGUGCUGCUCACCUGCAGGCAGUGCGACCGAAACUACAGCAGCCUGGCAGCCUUCCUGGCACACCGGCAGUUCUGCGGCCUCCCCCUGGCGAGGGCCAAGGACAGCCCCCAGCUGCCCCCAGGGCUCCCCGCACCCAGUGGCGCCCCCAAGGCACCUGCUGACGUGCACACGGGCCUGCUCCACCACGCCAAGGCCAUCCCCUUCCUGCUAGCUGGGGAAGUGCAGGCCGACAGCAGAGACGACCCCCUGCGGACCAGCUUCUUGCCCAGCCUGACCGCCGCCCCCUUCCCCCUUCCUGGCCCAGAGCUGGACAUGGAGGACGAGGCCAAGCUGGACAGCCUCAUCACCGAGGCGCUCAACGGCAUGGAGUACCAGUCAGACACCCCCGAGAUCGACAGCAGCUUCAUCGACGUCUUUGCCGACGAGGAGCCUUCGGGCCCCAGGGGAGCCGCUGCUGGGCUUGCCCCCAAAACCCGGGUGGGGGCAGCUCCAGAGAACAGAGCCCAGCCCCUGCCUCCAGCCACAGGCGCCCCGCCGGAGCCCCGUGCCCCUUGCCCCAGGGACAGGGCCUGCUCUGCCCAAAGCAGGCCCAAAACCCGUUCCCUGGGCCUGGCGCCCACGGAGGCAGAUGCCACCAGCCUGGUCAGGCAGCAGCGGAGAGGCAAGCGGCUUCACCUGUUCCGGAAAGAGCUGGACACGGCCAGCACCGCCAAGGGGCUGGGCAGGAACACAGGGGCCACCCGCCAGAGGCCGAGGAGGAAGAGCCACAGAGCUAAACGGCCCCCACCUCACCCCCGGGACCUCAGGACUCAAGCCCCCAAGGGCCACGCAGAUCCCGACAGCCGGGUCCCCAGAGCCGAGAGCAGGAGCUCCAGGCGCCUCCGACUGCCCCCCAGGAGGGGCUCCCGGCAGCGGAAGGCCCGGGGCGGCACCUGGAACAAGGAGCUCAUCCACAAGAUCGUGCAGCAGAAGAACAAGCGGCAGGUGCCCGGCGGCCGGUCCCGGGAGUGCGGCUGCGCCUCGGAGUCUGAGGACGACGAGCGCCCCCUGAGAGGCUCUGGCCUCAGAGGCCGGCCCCGCCCCAGCUGCCGGCGGUGGCGGCGCGGCCCGAAGAGGAAGGAGGGGGACUUGACAGAGGGCGGGAAGCCGCAGGAAGCCGGGGAGGAUGAGGGCACCCCCAGCCCAGAGCAGCCAUGCCCAGGCCCCAGCGAGAGUCCCGAGGCUCAGGGCCCGGUGCAAAACCAAGACACAGGAGAAGCUCCUGGGCCUCCCCACCGUCCCCCGCAGGUUCCCACCGACCCCAAGACCUCAGAGGAAAAGCUCCCAUCCCCGGGUGUCCCCCGAGAGGCCGAGAAGCCUGAUGUCGCCCAAGGGCUACCUCCUGACGGCGCAGGCUGCAGAAAGGGGUCCAGCUCGUUUGCAUCCCCUGGCAUGAGCCCCGGGCUCCCACACCCAGAGCAGCCCUGGACUAGCAGCAGCCCCAAGCCACCGGGGCCCAGCCGGAGCGCGACGACACGGGGUGCCCCCCAGGGCCCCACGCCCAGCACCUCCCUUUUGAAGGACUCUAACCUGGACUGCGACCGAGCCCUGAAUGGGCGCCCUGCAGGGACCUUGCCCUGUAGUAGCCUAGCCAGUGAGCUGCUCCUUGGGCCCACGGACCUGGCCUGCUGCUUCCCAGAAGACCUGUGUCCCAGGCCCUUGGUGGCCGACGCCCUCUGCCAGGACAUCUCAGAUGCCAGUGCCCUGGAGCCCAAACCGCAGGGGGACCCGCCUUACACAGGUGUCAUGGACCCCAGGACCGCUGAAUCGCCACUGACCUUGGAGUCCACAUCCCUCUUUUUGGAGCUGCCCCUGGACGGAUUCGACGCCCCGCCACUCGAUGACCACCUGUCUGCCAGCCAGGACCCGCCCCCAAAGAAGCCCCCAGCGGAGCCACUGUGCCACCCGCUCCUGUUGCUGGAGGAGGGGGCCCCCAGCCUGCACGUCCAUUCUCCUGAGCUCUCUUGGGAAAAGACCCUUGGUCAGAAGUGUCCCCGUGAAGGCUCGGCGGCCCCCAGGCUGUGCCUGGCGCCGGGGAAGGGGAGCAGCGUGUCGGCGGGCGAGCUGGAGAUCGAGCGCCUGGUCACGGAGCUGGAGAGUGAGCUGCAGCGGGGCCGAGGCCCACACAGGGCCCCAGACGACCCCAGAGCCGCCAGGUGCUCAGACCCUGAGCAGCACCCCUGCCAGGCCGGGUCGCGCCAUGGAGGCAUGGGCCCUGGGGAUUCCGGCACACCGCAGGAAGAUGUGGACAGAGCCUCGGCCUCCAGGGAAGAGGCUCGCGGGAACCCCCAAGAGUGGUCCUGCCCAGCCUCUAUCCACGCAGGCCUUGCCCCCGGGCCCCACAGAGACCUCGGUUUGCAGCACAGAGCCAGAGCGUCCAAUGUGGAAGUGGACUGUGGGGUCGCCCCCGAGGCCUGUUUGCCUGACCCCAGGGAGCAGCAGGAGCCCCUGCUGGAUGCUGGGAGUUCGGCACAGCAGAGCCCCUGCCAUGAACUUUUAUUGCCCCAAAAUGCGAAGAGCACAAGGACACAGGAGAAUGGCAACAGCCCGCUGCCCAGACAGGGCUGCUCCCCAGAGCCCCAGCUGGCCGAUGGCAGCCCCUCCGCCCACCUUGCCCCUGACCUGGCACGGCAUGGCAGAGCUUUGGAUGCCAUCUCGCCUCCUGGCACCAGUCACACCGAUGCCUCCCAGGAACACCUGGCAGGCAGAAUCCAAGGACCCAAGGACACCAGGCUGCUGUCCCCCACGGCAGAGGGGCCUGGCUUGGAGGGCAACACAUCUGCAGCGGCCAGGCCCUCCCCGCCCGCUGCCCUAGAGGAUAGAGAGGCUCGCUUUGUCCCUGUGCCAAGCCCUGCCAGUGUACACAGCAUCACCCCUGCUGAGGGGUCCUGGACCCCCGCCUCCAGCCCCUUCCGUGACGCCCAGCUCCAGGGGGCCGAGGCAGCUGAAGGCAGGGACUGCAUCUGGAGUUCACGGAGGCCGCCCCCUGCCAGCCCUGGAGGCCAGGCUCGCAGGAAGUACUCCAAGCAAGGAGGGGACAGUGUGGAAGGUAGAGUUGUGGCCGCAAACCCCACCCUGGAGGGCGUGCAGAUGGCAGCGGCCGCUGCAGUGGCCAGACACCAGCUGGGGCCAGAGGAAGGUGGACACCCCAGCCAGCAGCCGUCAGGUCACUGGGGGAUCCCAGAGAGGCCAGCUAAGCUCACCACUGGCCAUGCUGGCCCUGGAGCAGCACUGGCCAGGCCAGCCAGGGUGGUGCCUGAGGGAGGCACGGCAGUCCCCAGCCUCUGGGAGGGGCUGUGGCCCAUCCCGAGCCCCACCUCCCCUGCUGGAGACCCCUCGGUGCCAGUCUUGUCAGUAGCACACACCCAGAACAGGCCUGAUGAUGGAACGCGGGGGCAGGUGGCCAGCCCAGGCCUCAGCACGCAGCUGCCGCGGACCAGCGAGAGCCCAGCACCCCCCGCCCAGGCCUUGGCCCAGGAGCACCCAGGGGCCAGUGGAGAACUGCGCAGCCCCCAGCACCUGCCAGCCUGCUCUGGCCAGGCACCUCCAUCAGGGGCCAGCUGCAUCCAAGCCCCCACAGCCCCAGAAGCUCCCCCUGCAGUGGCGACAAGUCUCUGCGGCCCCCUCCUGGAGCACAGCAGCCGCCCUGGAGACCCUCCCACAGGCCAGCCAGGCCUCGCCGGUGACUCAAGGCCUGCCCGCGGUGGAGGCAGCCCCAAAGGCAGCACGCUAAGAAUGCUGGAGAACUCCAGAAAAGAGGCACUGGGGGGGUCUCCUACCUCUGCCACCCCUCCUCCCCCAGGGGGCGCCAUCUCCCCAGGACGGCCCCUCCAGGCUGCUGGCCUGUCCAGCCUUCCCACCAACCACGAGACAGACAUAGCCAGGUUGCCAGGGGCCCACUGCAGAGGAGCUCUGCCCCACCCCAGUCCUGACGGGACACCCACGGGCUCCUCCGCAGGCCCCCCCGAAGAUGCCUCCUGCACGCCGGGAGCCGCAGGGCCCACCUCCCGCACCUGCCAGGAGGGUGAGGCGGGGGCUGGCAGUGAGGGCCAGGGCCCACCGGAGGCUGAGCAUUCCGGCGUCAGAGAGGUGUUGGGGGCCUCCUGCCCCCCCAGCAGCCCCGCCAGUGACUGUACGCCCGACACCCCCCAGAGCCAGAGGAAGGUCCCCCACCAGGCAGCCCCGGGGGACCCCAUCAGUCCCCAAGACUAUAGACAGAGGCCUCGCGGUUUUAAGAGGAAGCCCAAGCCCACAGAGAGCAGCCAGAGUGGGUGCCGAGCCCCAGAGGUGGGGGCUGUGACCUGCCCCACCUGCUCGGCCACCUUCCGCUCGGGGCCUGGUCUGAGCCGGCACAGGGCCAGGAAGCAUGGGCUGCUCCAGGGAGCUGCCGCCCAGCCCAGCCCAGCCGCCCUUCCUCAGCCUCGAGCGUCCACAGCCCAGGCAGGCCGGCCGCCGGGGAGAAAAAGCCGCAACACUCCCGGCAAGGGGAGACUCCGCCGCCCAGAGGCCGACCCAAGCCACACAGCUGGGCCACCUCCCGCCCCGCACUCCCCAGCUCCUGAGAAGGCCCUGGGUCCUGCGACCUCGAAGACAGCCAGGAGAGGCUCUGGGGGUCUCAAGACACCAGGCCCUCCCUCCAACCAGCAGCUGCGCCCCCGAGCCCUGACUGAGCAAGAAGUACAUUCGGGGGCUCUGGCCCCAAAGCCCAAGAGGCCAGACCAGCUGGAGGGAGACAAGCUGCAGCCCAGGCAGGCGGAGCCAAGGGAAGGCCGGGGGCGGGGCCAGGAGCCCGGGGGCUCCCCCACCAGCUGCCAGGGCGAGUCAAAGAGGACGGUGGGGCAGCUGAGCCGGGGAAGGCCCCGGGGCGCCAGCACUCCUGCCGUCUCGGCCGUGCUGGCUUCACACCGGCAUGCCCCGAGUCCGCCCACCACCAGUGCCAAGGAUGUGCCUACUCCAGGCCUCUGUCUCUCCCCAGAGCAACGGCGAGAGGCUGACGUGGGGCCCAGGGUGACAGGGGACGUGGCAAAGACAGGCCCGGGGGCCCCAUGUGUGGAGGAGGCAAGGGUCCAGAAGCCACCAGGUGGUGGGAGAAGCCGUGCAGGGAGGCUGGAGGGGGCCUCCCCUCUCCAACAACUGUCCGGGCCGAAGGGAGCCUCCGCAAGGGGCCUCAGGGGACCGAGAGAGACCAGGGCGCUGGGGGUCUGCCCAGAGCCCCUGCAGGCCGCCAGGACCGGGCCCACAGAGGACGGUGGCCCUGGGGACAGCCUCCAGCCUGCUUCGGCCCCCCACGGCCCUCCUGAGACUCCGGGCAGCAGCUGCCUCCAGGGCCUCCUGGACAGCUCAGAAGCUCAGGGUGGGGCGGAGGGGCCCGAGGGCGCCCCCCACCUGAGUCCCGGGGCCCCUCGGAGCCUGUGUGACGAUGACGACGAUGACGCCUUUGCUCAGCUCUUCCCCGUGGGCGGCCGCUGGACUCGGAAGAAGAACCGCCGCGUGUAUGGCAAGCGCGGUGAGAAGCCCAAGCGCCUGCCGCGGCCGGAGCCCAGCAGCGCCACGGGAGCAGGCGCCACACCACCGUGCGCCAGCCUGCCCACGGACCUCAGUGACUCCGGCUCCCUCUGCCUCUCCCACGAGGACCCAUGGGAUGACGAGGCCCCGGGGCUGCCCGGGCCCUUCCACCUGGACAGCUCCCUCAGCAGCCAGCCAGCCGGCAUCGAGUCCUGGGCCCCUGGCCUCAGCCUGUGGGCCCUGGAGCCCGACAGGGGCGACGGCUACGCGGACGAUGGCUCGGAAACCAUCCCCGAGCUGCACAUGGUCCCAGUGGCCUGGCGCGGCCCAGAGCCACAGGCCCCUCCUGGGGAGGUGCCCUCUGACCCCGGAGCCUCGAGCCCCGAGCCCCCCAGCCUGGAGAGGGAGCACUGGGACGCGGGGCCCCCGCCCCGGCUGCAGGCCCUGGGCGUUGACGUGCUCUGCACCAAGUUUGAGAUGCAAGAUCUGUGCUUCCAGGGGCCCUGUGAGGACGCCGCGGGUGCCCGGAGCCUGAGCCUCACAGAGCUCGCCCAGGAGACGCCCGGCAAGGGGACCCCUACGGAGGCCUCGGGGACAGGAAGGGCGGCAGGCGGGGAGCCGCCGGCCAAGGGCAAGCGGGCCUCACACAAGUGCAGAGUGUGCUUCCAGCGCUUCCACGGCCUGCGCGCGCUGGACCUGCACCGGCUGGCCCACAGCGCCGCGCCGCCCCCCACCUGCUACAUGUGCGUGGAGCGCAGGUUCGGCUCGCGCCAGCUGCUCCGCGAGCACCUGCAGGAGAAGCACGUGCAGAGCCGGGCCGGGCCGUGGGCCUGCGGGAUGUGCCUGAAGGAGGUGGCCGGCGUCUGGAUGUACAACGAGCACCUGCGAGAGCACGCUGUGCGCUUCGCUCGCCAGGGCCGGGCGCGCAGAGCCGUCCCGCGCCUCCUCCACGGGUCCCACGAGGGCGAGCGCGCGGCGAGCCAGGCGGGCCACAGCCCCGCAGAGCCGCCGGCGAGAGAGGGGGCCGGCGGCAGGGAGAGGUCUCGGCCCCGGGUGCGCGCCGACUGCUCGAGCCCGGCCCCCGGCCCGCCGCCCGCGCCCUGGCCGGUGCACGAGCACUGCAGGGACCCCUCCCGCGACUGCCACCACUGCGGGAAGCGCUUCCCCAAGCCCUUCAAGCUCCAGCGCCACCUGGCGGUGCACAGCCCGCAGCGCGUCUACCUGUGCCCGAGGUGCCCGCGUGUCUACCGCGAGCCGCGCGAGCUGCGCGCGCACCUGGGCGGAGCGCACGGCGAGCCGGGGGCCGCGGAGCCGCCGCACACGCCGCUGUACACCUGCGAGCUGUGCGCCGACGUGCUGCACGUCAUCAAGCGGUCCUUCGUCUGCAGCGCCUGCAACUACACCUUCGCCAAGAAGGAGCAGUUCGAGCGCCACAUGGACAAGCACCUGCGGCGCGGCCAGCAGCCCUUCGCCGUGCGCCGCGUGAGGCGCCCGGGAGUCCCCGAGGCCUCGCCGUCCCGCAAACGGCGCAGGGGGCCCGGGCCCGAAGGCGAGGACCGGGCCCCCUCCCCGGGCCGUCCCGCCGCGAGCGAGGGGGCCCUCCCAGCCCAGGCGGCUCCGGGCAGCACCGAGGGGUCGCCCGCAGAGACCCUGCCUCCUUUCCCCGGGGUCCCGGUGGACAGCGGAGGUGGCCUGGAGCCAGACAGAGCCCUGGAGGGGCCUGAGGGUGAGGCUUCCCCCAGCGGCCCGGGGCCCCUGCAGGGCGUGGAGCGAAGAAGGGCUCCUCGCGGCUUCUCAGGGAACCACAGCACCCUGGGUCCCCAUGGCGGGUGUGCCCCCGGGCACUCCCCAGGAGGUCUCUCCUUGCCCCAGAAGGAGAAGCAGGCGUCCACGGGCCUCAUUGCGCCAGAGAGGGCCAUGGGGAGGCCCUCUCAUAAGGGCAGUGCCACCAAGCCUGGGGGCUGCCACAGUUCACCCAAGGACAGGCCAGUGAUGGCCACCCCCAGCAAAGGGCCCGGGUUUCCAGGGCACCCGAGGAAGGCCGCGGGGGUCCCGGCGCCCCGAGAACUGGCCCAGGGCACAGAGGGCAGGUUGAAGCUCCCCUCCCCCAAAGCCAGGCUGGGCCCCAGCUCCCAGGGCAGUGGGGGCCCUCGCCCAGGCACCAAGAGCGGGGGCGGGAGCCAGCCCCAGCCGGCCAGCGGGCAGCUCCAAAGCGAGACAGCCACCACACCAGCCAAGCCGGCCAGCCCUGGCCGCAUCCCUGCCCCAGACAAGCCCGCCCCCGCCCCACCUAGAGGCUGCACAGAGGGGGCCCGGGGGAGCUCAGGUUGUGGGGAGAAGGCGGAGAGCAGUGAGAAGAGGAAGAAGAGCCAGGCGCCGGGGCCGACCAGGAGUGAAGGUGCGGGCAGAGGCGCUGGCGGCAGGGCCCCUCGAAAGCAGGCCGUCCCCAGCCGCGUGCUCCCGGUGCAGCCCAGACCCGGUGGCCAGGGCAGCAAGGGGAGGCCACAGCCCUCGGAUAGGCUGAAGGGGGAGCCCGGCCACGUGCCGGGGAAGGCCAGGCCCCUGCUCAGGCCCCUAAAGAGGGGCAGAGCUGUCCACAGGGCUGAGCCCCCCGGGCCCCGCGACCACCGCACCGCCGAGUCGCAGAGUGACCUGCUCAGCCAGCUCUUCGGCCAGAGGAUAACAAGUUUCAAGAUCCCUUUAAAGAGGGACACUUGCGAAUAACAGGCACAUGCCUGGGGCGCUGGCCGUAGCCGCGUCUCCCGGAAGCUUCUCCGUGUGGCCACACGUCUGCGCCGAUGCACCUGCCACAUCCCGCAGACGCGCGGGGCGGGCAUGCAGGCUUUGACCGUGGUGCUCUCCGCGAGGCUGAUGGUGAGAGGUGGGCCCGCCACAGGCCCUCUGAGGCCACACAGCGGUUCUCUGGGUACCAAGUACGCCGAAGGAGAGCGGCUCGCCCCGCCCCCAGCCCCUCGGACCCCGGCCCCAUAUGCUGCAGAGCCCGGCCUUGCGGGAACUGCACAGGACGCCGGUCCGAGCAGGGAAGUACCGUAGGGCGGCCGACACGCCGCUGGGGCUGCUGGUGCUGCACGGCCGGAGGUCACGAGGGCAGUGCCGUAUGCCCAGAGGGCCGUUUCUGAGCCAUCUGGUCCCCAAGAGCCAGGCUCCUCCCUCUGACCACAGGGCUGUGUGGCCGCUGUCCCCCUGCCUGUGUCCAGCACCCCGUGACCCGGGGAGGCCAGGGCGAGAGCUUGGGCGGCAGCCCUCCCCCGCGCAGGGCUCUCGGCUUGAGGACCAGCAACUUUGCUCGAAGUCCUGGUGCUAUUUUCGUGUCGUAAUGUGAAUACAGGCUUCCUUGGGUGCUGGGUUUUUUGUUUAUUUUUUUAACCUGGGAGAGGGGAGACAGGGUCCAGGAGGGAGGCCCCAGGCAGGCUGCGUCGGGGGUGGGGUGGGGGCUGGCGGCAGC